AUGUGGCAAGUCGGUGUGGCUUCAGCGGCCUCUUUGGCCGCUCUUCUCCUAGCCCUAGCAUCCAUUGGUGUCAUCGUCAAUGACAUCAACGAUAUGGAUGCCGAGAUCCGAGAGGGCCUCGCCCACUUUGACGUCGAGGUCAACAGCGCCUGGUCUCGCGUCUACAGCGCCCACGUCUACCCCGCUGGCAACUCCGAUGCCGCACCCAACUUCGAAUCUUUGUUCGGCCGCAAGAAGAGAAGCAACGAGCAGUGCAACUGUGGCAUGCAAUCUCGUGGAUGCCCCGCCGGUCCCCCCGGACCUCCUGGACUUCCUGGCGAGCCCGGAGAGGAGGGUCUGCCCGGAGAUGAUGGAAGGCCUGGAGCUAAGGGUAUCGCUUUGGCCGUCACCCACCACUACGAUGGAGGCUGCAUCCCGUGCCCCCCUGGACCUCCUGGACCUCGUGGACCCCCCGGAAACUCUGGAGAAGCUGGAGAGCCUGGAAGCCCUGGGCAUCCCGGACAACCCGGAAACCCUGGAUCUCGUGGAGGACCUGGAGAGCCUGGAGACAAUGGAAACCCUGGAGAGCCUGGAGUCGAUGGACGUCCUGGACGCCCCGGAGCCCCUGGAACUCAGCCUGGAGAGGCUCGCCCUGGCAGACCUGGAACCCCUGGACGCCCUGGACAGCGUGGACCCCCUGGUGCUCCUGGAGGCCCCGGAAACCCUGGAAAGGACGGAGAUGCUGGUUCUCCUGGACGCGACGGAAACCCCGGACGUCCUGGAAACAAUGGACCUCCUGGACAGCCUGGAACCGAUGGAUUCCCAGGACACGACGCCAGCUACUGCCCUUGCCCUGGCCGUUAUUUCAACAAACUGGCCAAG